AUGGCGGAAAAACUAGGUGCGAUCGCUGGGAUUUGUUUAAUUUUAUUUUGUGUAGGCGCAGUUGGCUUUUACUUUUGCUUGGAUACUGUUAUGAAGAUGUCUGAAUUGAACACAUACAAAGCGAUGCAAUGCUCAUACCAGGACGGUAGAAUUAUGGAUUCACCUUAUCGGCAGGCAGUUGUUGAUGCCGCUGCCUUUGAAAAGAAUGCCAGUGAUAUUUUUGCAGAUGUUACAAUCGCCUAUCCAUAUUCACAGUACAUGUACGCCAACAAUGCUUCAUUAUACGAAUUUUUAACUCUUUGGCAAACGAGCACUGCUAGAUCGUGUUAUGUAGAUGUCAAAUCGAAUAGCACGCGAAAGCCGGCGGUUCCGGGCCCGUUUGAUAGUGCGACAUCUAGUAUCAUUAUAAUAAGCAUGAUCACCUGCAUACUAUCUCUAUGUGGAAGUUCGUUUGGUUUACUGAUGAUUGUGAAAGCAAAACUGACCAUGAAAUAA